AUGCAGGGCUUCCUGACCAUCGGUCUCGUCGUGACCGCAGCAAUUGUCCCUCCAGCAGGGGCGAUCAGUGUCGAGCAUGGCUCGCUGCGGACAGACGGCCUGGUCAGUCCGCUUGGGCUGGCGAACACGCUGCCUCGCCUCUCCUGGCGCCCCCAGUCCUCCACGCGCAACGACAACCAGACGGCCUACCAGGUGCAAGUCGCCUCGUCGCCGUCCGCAAUCGAAUCGCCUGAUCUUUGGGACAGCGGCAAGGUGUCAUCUGCAGACGUGUGGGCGCGGUACGCGGGACACAACCUGACGUCUCGCGACACCGGCUUCUGGCGCGUCCGCAUCUGGGAUGUCUGGGACAAGCCCUCUGCAUGGAGCGAGGUCGACUCGUUCGAGCUGGGGCUGCUGGCGCCCUCCGACUGGAAAGCACACUGGAUCACCAACCGCAACUACAUCCCCCAAGGAGGCACGUCGCUGCCCGUGUUCGCCCGGACCUUCAAUCUCUCCUUUCCGGCCGACAAGGCGCGUCUCUACCUGCUGGGCCUGGGCCAGCAUGCUGCGUAUCUGAACGGGCAGCCCGUGUCCGAUGCCGUUCUCGCGCCCGGAUACAGCCAGACGAACAGGUCCUUGCCCUACAGCACGUACGACGUCACCUCCUUGCUGCAGCACGGGGAGAACUUCCUCGGCGUGGAGCUGGGCAAAGGCGUCUACGAUGCCGAGAAGCCUCUCGACAAGCGCUACGCCGACUUUUACACCACGGACAACCCGCUGACCCUGAUCGCUCAGCUGGAGAUCGCCUGCAGGGACGGGCCUGUGGUCACUGUCGUGUCCGACGAGUCGUGGAGGACCUCCGUGGACGGGCCACAGAUCGAGUCUGCGUGGUACGGCGGCGAGGAAUACGACGCCAGGAGAGAAUUUCCGGGCUGGCCGACCACUGCGGUCGACACAGCUGCGUCCUCGUGGACAGACGCCAGCAUCAUUGACGGGCCUCCUGUCAACGGCUCGCUGACAGCGGACCCCGGUCCGCCAUUGAGGAUCGUCGACCGGUGGAAGGCCAAGUCGGUGACCAGGAUCAACGACACGACAUGGGUGUUCGACCUGGGCACCAACUUCGCCGGAUGGUACAACCUGACGAUGCGCGGCGAAGCCGGCCAGAGGGUGGUCUUCUGGCCCGGCGAGUAUCUGACCAACGGCCUGGUCAACCAGUCCUCGACCGGACGGCCCAUCUUCGACGGCUACACCUUUGCCGGACGAUCGCCGGCCGAGUGGUACGCACCCCGAUUCAUGUACCACGGCUUCCGGUAUCUGCAGGUCGACAAUCUCACGCAUCCGCCCGCGGCGUCGGAUCUGGAAGCGCUGGUCAUCCGGGCGGACAACGAGGCCGUGGGCUCGUUCCAGUCGUCGUCGCAGCUUUUCAACGCGAUCCACGGCAUCAUCGACCGCGCCAUCCAGAGCAACAUGUACUCGGUACUGACCGACUGUCCGCAUCGCGAAAAGUCGGGUUGGCUGGAGCAGGACCAUCUCGUGUAUGAGCCGCUAGCCCGUGGGUUCGAUAUCCAGGCGUAUGCACGCCGGAUGCUCGACAUCGUCGCCGCCUCGCAGCUCGCGGACGGCAUGAUCCCGACGACGGCGCCCGAGUUCAAGGUCUUCCUCGGCAGUCUGAGCGUCUACCGCGACGAGCCCAACUGGGGGGACACGAUGAUCCUGAUGCCGCUGCAGCUGUACCGGACGUACGGCGAGGUCGAGCUGUUGGAGAAGUACUACGACGUGAUGGUCGCGUAUCUCGACUAUCUGGGCUCGAAGAGCAAUGGGACGUACACGCUGGACUACGGACUGGGCGACUGGAUCACCUUCGACACGAGCACUCCGCUGGGCAUCACCGCGACGAUGGGCUACCAGCAGUCUGCGGCCGCGAUGGCGACCAUUGCCACAGUGCUAGGGAAGACGGACGACGCGGCCAGAUUUUCCGCCUUGAAUCAGAACAUCCUGCGGGCCUUCCACGAGAAGUUCUUCGACACGACGAGCAAUUCCUCGUAUGGCUCCGGCUCGCAAGCCAGCAACGCCAUCGCGCUGGACAUCGGAGCCGUCCCGGCCGAAUACGAGUCUGCGGUCCUCAACAUGCUCGUCCAGUCUCUGGUCGACAACGGAUACCAUUUCACAGUCGGCGAGAUCGCGCUGCCAUCGCUCUUCCGCGCGUUACAAGCCGGCGGGAGAGACGACGUUCUGUUCCAGACAAUGAGCCAGACUACAAACGUCAGCUACGGGUUCCAAGUCACCCACGGCGCGACCUCGCUGUGGGAGGACUGGGACGGCGUGUUCCGGACGACGGGGAGCCUGAACCACUGGAUGCUGGGGUACGGCGACGCGUGGCUGCUGCGGCUGGCGGGGAUGCAGCAGGCGGAGGGCUCGACAGUGUGGUCGCAGAUCGACUUCCGACCGAGGGUCCUGGGGGACCUGACGAGUGCAAGCGCAAAGUACCGCACCGUCCGCGGCUGGGCGAGCGCCGAGUGGACGCUGCAUGGCAACAACAGGACUCUGGAGUAUCGCGUCAAGGUGCCGGUGGGGAGUACGGCGAGGGUCUUCCUGGACGGUGACAGUAGAAGCAUCACCGAAGGCUCAGCGGGGUUGCAGGGAAGAAGGGAUAUUCUAGGGUUGCAGCAGGAAAACGGCACGACUGUCGUGACGAUCGGGUCGGGGUCGUACAGCUUUGUGGUUAGGGAUUACAGCAGAUGA